UCAGCCAAUCAGGAAGCGCAGCGCUCAGAGUUCCUCAGAAUCUCCCUCUAACACAUGACUUCUUAUUUCCUCUUCGCCCAGACCAGUCCUGGUGGAUCGGGGUCUCGGUCUCUGCAGUGUCUUUGUGGUUUUCCUGCAGCCAUGGCUUCAGUAAAGUGGACUUGUGUGUUCCUGUUGCUCCUGCUGGGAUCGAGCUCCGUGUCCGCUGACAAGAUGACCUCCGCCACGGUGUACUGGGACCCCGAGCACAAGACCAUCAUCCUGAAAGAGGGGGUGGUGGAGACUGAGGGGGACGCGUACGGGUAUCUGAACGACACCCUGUCCAAUACGGGCUGGAGCGUCCUGGAGGUCCACGCCGGGUACGGACAGACCCCUGAAACCGAUGAGCUCACCUUCUUCCUGGCUGGAUACCUGGAAGGUUUCCUCACCGCUCAGCAGAUGAUGGACCACUACACCAACAUGUACCCUCAGCUCAUCAAAGACCCGAAGCUCCUGGCCCCGGUGCAGACCUUCAUGGAGAAGCAGGACGCGUGGACCAGAGAGCAGGUGAAGCUGAACAAAGACUCUGAUCCUCUGUGGAAACACGCCGGCUUCAUUGUAGCUCAGAUGGACGGGCUGCAGGCGGGCGCCGCCGACUGGGCCAAGAAACAAGGGAAGAAGCCGCUGUCCCUCUUUGCCAUCCAGUUCCUGAACGCAGUCGGAGACCUGCUGGAUCUGAUCCCGGCCCUGGUCCCCGAUUCUAACCCUCCGCUCAGAGACUUCAAACGCCCGGGGAUGGGACACUGCUCUGCGCUCAUCAAGCUGCUGCCCGGCUUUGAGAACCUCCUGUUCGCUCACUCCAGCUGGUACACGUACGCCGCCAUGCUGAGGAUCUACAAACACUGGGAUUUCCGUAUCACCGACCCGAACGCAGCCACGGGGAAGCUGUCCUUCAGCAGCUACCCGGGGUUCCUGGUGUCUCUGGAUGACUUCUACCUCCUGGGCAGCGGGCUGAUGAUGACCCAGACCACCAACAACGUCUUCAACUCCUCCCUCUUUGACACCAUCACCCCUAAAAGCCUGCUGGCCUGGCAGAGGGUGCGGUUGGCUCACAGUCUGGCUCAUGACGGGGAGGAGUGGGCCAAAACCUUCUCCAUGCACAACUCUGGAACCUACAACAACCAGUACAUGGUCCUGGACAGGAGCAAAGUGAAGCUGGGUCACAGUGUGGCUGACGGAGCUCUGACGGUGGUGGAGCAGAUCCCGGGGCUGGUGGAGUACUCGGAUCAGACGCAGGCUCUACGCCGAGGUUACUGGCCCUCCUACAACGUCCCCUUCCACGAGAAGAUCUACACGAUGAGCGGUUACGUUCAGAUGUGGGAGCAGUACGGAGAGGACUUCUCCUACGACCUCUGUCCCAGAGCCAAGAUCUUCCGCCGUGACCACAACAACGUCCAGGACCUGGACUCUCUGAAGUUCAUCAUGAGGUUCAACGACUAUGAGAAGGACCCGUACUCCAAGGGGGAUCCCUGCAAGACCAUCUGCUGCCGUGCAGACCUGAGGGCAGAGAAGGCCUCCCCGUCUGGUUGCUAUGACACGAAGGUCACAGAUUUCCUCAUGUCAGAGAAGUUCAGCGCCGAGGCUUUGAACGGACCGACCACGCAGGGCGGUCUCCCUCCGUUCACCUGGGGAAACUUCAGCAGCAUCAGCCACCAGGGUCUGCCUCAGUCCUACAACUUCACCUUCAUCAAGAUGCAUCCUCUUCUCUUCCACCCAUGAGGUGUGUGUGUGUUUGUGCGUGCGUGUGUGAGUGUGUGUGAGAGGAAACGUUAUGAAUGUGGGGGAUGUCCAGGUCUUACCUGCACAAGAUGAUUUUUAUUUGAAGACUUCUUCAGGUUCAGGAUUACCUCCAAACUAAAGCUUCAUCUUGAAGCGGCGCCCCCUGUUGGAUGAACUACAGAAUGUCAAACUGCCAAUCAGAUUAUAAUCAGUGUUUCAAAGUGUGUGUGUGUGUGUGUGUGUGUGUGUGUGUGUGUGUGUGUGUGUGUGUGUGUGUGUGUGUGUGUGUGUGUGUGUGUGUGUGUGUGUGUGUGUGUGUGUGUGUUAGAUGAUUAGAGCCAGCUGUGUUUUUAUACCUUCAGCCAAACGUGCCUUAAAGAGAGUGAUUUAUGAUUUCAUGAUUUCUUGAUUUCUUGAUUUGUUGAUUUGUUGAUUUUCUGAAACGCUGCCUUGAAUCUUUAAAUCCUGUUCAGCCUCUGUUUUGAAACGCUGAAUGUUUUCACACAUGCAAACACUUUUCUUUUAAUAGUGAUGAACCGAUGUGUGAAGUCUCACCUCAGGGCUGUGGUUUACUCACUGUGCUGAUCCAGAGUGUCUCAGGUUGUGUGAUAUGAAAUGUGAUACUGCACAUCUGUGUUUAUUAAAGCUUCCCGGGUCGGUCCGGUCUGUAU